CAUAAAAGUGAUGAAACACUGCACCAUAGGCAUGUUGGUUUAGUCUCGCGGUCGAAAGGAUGGUUGAGGAUUCUGAGCGUGUCGCCUGCUUUCAGCCUCACAAUCACCUAGCUUCCUAAGGUAUAUGGCAAGCACCGUGCUAGGCGCAGCCUACGGCGGCGGGCUCGUUGCGGCAUGGGCGUCGUCCACAGAGCUCACUGCGACCGGUGGCUCGGCCCCGGGCGAGCUUUGCAUCGCUGGCGCUGGCCGCGGCGGCGUGGCGGUCAAGUGCCUCACAACCUCCAGCCCCACUGACGACGCCAGCGGAGGCCUGGCCGUUGCCACACGCGGCGCCGACCUCCGGCCGUUGCUACUCACGCCGCUGCCGGCUCUCCGCUCCUUCGUGGCAUUCUCCCAUGCGCGCUCGCCCGACUCCACCGCACCCGCCUCUGCUACCCCGCUGACCGUGUUUACACGUACGCUGCGGAGCGGUGCAGGGCCACCCACAAUGCGCCCGCCGGCGAACUGGCUGGUGCAGCGGCUUCGACUCGAGGCCGCGCCGCCGCCGCCGCCACCGCCGCCAAGCGCCGCUGCGGCCGCACACACGGCCCCAGCGGCCUCCGCGCUCCGCCUCGUGCCGGCAGACGCCUACCACCCGCCAGGGGCGCAGCCGCAGCCGCUGCCAGGGGCUCCACUUGGCGGUAGCAGCGGCAGUGGACGCGUGACGGCGGCGGCGGCGGCUGUGGUGCCUGAGGGCCCGGCGGCCAAGCGCUCCCGCCUGCGCGGCCCCACGCAGCGGCUCGGCGGUGAGGGGCCAGGCGGUGAGAUGAGUCAACUGCCACCACCGCCGCACCAGGACCAGCAACACGACCAACAUCAGCAGCAGCAGGCGGCGCUAGAGUCUCACCCGGCGCGUCCUGGCGGCGGCUGGGGUAGCGGCUACAGCCUACAGCCCAACCUGGCGGCGGCAGCGGAAGCAGCAGCCGGACCCUGGGGCCAGGCCGCCAGCGGGGCAGGCGCGGAGGCGGAGUCAGAUGUCGGCUGCGGCGGCGGCGGCGGCGGCUGGAGUGUGUACCACCCGCCGCUGCCCGCCGGCCUGCCGCCGCCGCCGCUACUGCAGCCGGGCGUCACGUGUGCGCUGUGCCUGGAGUGCUGGACGGACCCGCUCAGCCGACUGCUGCCGCACCAGCCGCAGCAGCAGCCGCAGCAGCCGCAGCUGGAGGCGGCUGCCAGGGCGGCCUGGGCCCGCCUGCCACCGCUGCAGCAGCUGGCGUUCAUGUGCGGCACACCCCACGCCGCGGCCAGCCCUGCGCUAUACCGCGGCCUUCUAACGCCCAGCAGCGGCAGUAGCAGCAGCAGUGGUGGCAGUAGCAGUGGCGGUGGCGGUGGCGGCAGUAGCACGCCCACCGCCGCGGAGCUGCUGCCCUGGGGCUGCUUCCUGGUGGGUACGGCCAGUGGGCAGCUGUGGGCGCAGCCGCUGGAGCGCCGCAGCCGCCACCACCCCGGCGGUAGCAGCGCCGGCGGCGGCGGCGGCGGCGGCGCUGCCAGUGGUGGUGGCGGCAGUAGCAGUGGCCGUGGCGGCCCGCGCGAGCAAUGCGCCGAACCGGGUGCGGGGGCGGGCCAGGCCGGCGGCGGCGGCGGUACAACAGGGGGUGCGGAUGAUGCGUGUGUGGGCGUGGGUGUGUCGGGCGGUGUGUUGCUGCUGGACCUGCAGGAGCCGGUCAUGGCGCUGCUGCCCGUGUACCGCCCCGGCACACACCCACGCACACAUGACGCCGACACCCACACCGGCACACACACCGCCACCCGCUUCAAUGCCCAUGACGCCGACCCAGCGGCUGAGGGUGCCAAACCCGGCGGUGCGGGGAGUGCCGCGGGCACGGCACGGCUGCAGCCGGGACACCGCCGGCGUGGGCAGGAGCGGCAGCAGCAGGAGGAGGGGCAGGAGGGGCAGGAGGGGGAGGGGCAGGAGGAUCAGGAGGAGGAGGAGGAGCAGCAGGUGGCGGUGGCGCUGCUGGUGGUGGGGCGGAGCGGACGUGUGGUGGGGCUGAGCCCCGCACCGGCGGCGGUGGCAGCGGCUGCGGCGGCGGCCUCGGGGCGAGGGGGCCGGGCAGCCGGCGGCGGCGGCGGCGGCGGUGGUGCGAGCACCAAGUCGCUGCAAGUGCUUCAGAGCUACAGCAUGCUGACGGGCACGCCGCUGCGGCUGCUGUGUGUGUCGCAGUGGCAGCUGGGCGGCAGGCUGGCGGCGGCGGCGCUCACACCGGCCGGCGCGCUGGUGUGGGCGCUGCGCGGCAGCGGCGUAGUCCUGGCGGCGCAACUCGUGGCACCGCCGCCGCCGCCACAGCCGCCACUGCAGCCGCCUGGCGAUGAAGGCAUCGUGCCUGCUACUGCUGCCGCCGCUGGCGGCAGCACACGCAACCGCGGCGGCAGUAGCAGUGGCGGGGAGGGGGCGGCGGUGACGUUUGUGUCGGAGCUGCGGCCGCUGUGGCUGCCUGCCCCGCCCAAUGUGCGGCGGCUGGCGGCCUGCCCCGGCUGGUGGCACCACGUGGUGGCGGGCUGCGGCGGCGGCAGUAGCGGCGUGCUACUGCUGCUACAGGCCCGCAUGCCACCGCUACAGCCGCUACAGCCGCUACAGCCGCAGCAGCUGCCGCAGCCACACGGGCAGCAAGCGGGCGGGGGCCCUGCGGGCAUGUACAUAAGUGGCGGCGGCGGCGGCGGCUGUGGAGAGGCGGGGCCGCUCGCCGCGGCGGGCGUGAGCAGCUGUGCGGCGGGGCUGCUGGCGGCAUUGGCGCAGUGUGGCGGCGGCGGCGGCGGCGGCGGCGGCGGCGGCCGGCUGGCGGCGCUGCAGCAGCAGCUGCGUCAGCUGAUGGCGGCGCUGGUGGCGCUGGGUGGGCACGAGGGGGCCCUGCAGCGGGCGCUGGCGGCGCAGUGGGCGGCGUUCCAGCGGGCAGCCAGGGACCUGCCACUGGUUCGGAGUCUGUGCAGCCGCGCUCCCGCCCUCAGCUGUCGCCUGGAGCCGCAGCUGCUGCUGCCACACACAGCAGCGCCGCACACCGGUCAACCACACUGCGCAACAGAAGCACGGCAGGGAACCGGGGCAGUGCAGGGGGCAGGGGCGGGGGCGGUGCAGCUGCUGGUGCAGGUGGAGCUGGCGGUGGCGGCGGCGGCGCGGGGGCCUGGUGUCGGCCUGGCGGGUGAGUGGACGCUGCUGCUCCGCUUCGCGCCCACCGACCCAUCCCUGCCCUCGCACGUCACCGCGGUGCCGCUGCCGCCCGAGCCCCUGCCGCCCGCCGCGGGCGGCGCCGCGGCGGGCGCGGGCGGCGGUGGAGGCGGCGCCGGCGCCGGCAGGCCGCAGCUGCUGACCGCGCGCGUACUGCUGCAGCUGCCGCUCCGGCGUGCCGCGUGCGGCCCUACUGCUCACACAGGUGCUGACCACUCGCCGCACCAGCAGCAGCAGCAACAGCAGCAACAGCAGCAGCAGCUGCAGGGCGGCUGGCGGCCGGCUCCGGGGGUGCUGCAGGCAUUCUUGCUCCGCCGCAACACCAGUCCCGCCGCGGACGCAGCGGCUUCCAGGGCGGCGGCGGCUGCAGAUGGUGGUGAUGAUGGUGAGGGCUCAGAUGAGGAGGAGGGAGGGCAUGUAGGCGCGGCAGGUGUUGCGGCCCGCCGGGCGCCGGGCCAUCAGGCGGCGCCGCCAAUGGCCGUGGUGGCACUGGCGCAGCGCACGCUCACGUGUGCGGCGCUGAUGCAGCUGCCGAGCACAGCCGAUCUCGGCGGCUUGUUCAGCGGCGGCGGCGUCGGCGGCGGUAGUGGCAGUAGUGGUGGCGGUGGUAGCGCGUGGGGCAGCUGGAGCACUAGCAGCGGGCCCUGGGCUGCGCUGGGCCCCGCCCGGCCGCCGCCGCUGCUACAACGCCGCGUGCUACAGCUGCUGCUGCUGACGCCUUCGGCGCCUCCAGCGCCUGCUGGGGAAGGGGCCCCCCAUGCCACCGUGGAUGGCUGCGGCGGCGGCAGUAGCAGCGCCGCCGGCUGGCAGGCGGCCUGGCAGCGGCUGGUGGCGCUGCUGCAGCGGGCACUGCUACUGCCGCAGGGGCUGCUGCCCGCCACGGCGCCGCCACUGGGCGGACCCCGCGGCAGUGUGCGCAUCUGCGGGGGGCGGGCGGAGCUGGGCUGGCAGUGCCGAGCUGCUCAGGUGCCGCCGCCGGCGGUGGCAGCUGCAGGAGCAGGAGCAGGAGCGAAUGCUGGCGCUGGCAAUGGCGGUGGCAGCGGCGGUGCUGCAGCCAUGCCGGCAGCGGCAGUAACAUCAGCAGGUAGUGGUGGCGGUGGUGGCGGAGGUGGUGGUGGUGGUGGCGGCGGCGUGCAUGUGGGUUUGGAGCUACAGGCCGACUGCCUGCAGCUGCUGGCGUCGCUGCAGGCGGCGGUGCACGCAGCCAUGGCGGAGGGCGGCAGUAGCAGCGGCGGUAGCGCCGGGCCGGCCGCAGUAGCAUCGGCAGCCGACGGCCAGCCGCCAGCGACCCGCUCAUGCAGCAUGUCAGGGGCGGCGGCCGGGGCCGGGGUCGGGGGCUGCCGCGUGGCGCUGCAGUCGGGCGAGCGGCUGCAGGAGGCGGUGCGGCAGCUGCGGCGGCUGGCGGCGGCGAUGGAGGAGGCGCGAGUGUGGCGGCGACAGCUGGCCGCCCUGCAGCAGCAGCAGCAGCAGCAAACUGGGCAGCAACAGCAUUGUCGGAGUGGAGAGCAGGAGCGGCUUGUGGGAGCGGGGUUGCACACAGGAGCGGAGGCUCUGGGAGCGGGUGGAGGGGAGGGAUGGGAGGCGGGGGUGCAGGCGGGUGCGGAGGCGGCGCAGCUGCAGGCGCGGCUGCGGGAGCGGCUGGCGGCUGUGUACGACAAGUACAGCGAGGUGACGGCGGCCAGUCUGCUGCUGCUGGUGCCCUAGGGUGGCUGAUGGUGUGGUGGCGCGGUGAGGCGCGACGUAAUGGCACGGCCUUCCUCCAGGCCUGUACAUCCCAACCGUCAGAUU